ACGAUGGAACCAUGUACCAUCACCACAACCCCAAGACCCACAGUCGUAUUGGUCGUCUUCUUCAUUACCUUCUCUUCACUGGUCAGCUUCAGCAGCUGCGUUGACCUUACGUACCUCUACGAGAUUUGCUCCAACACAACUCUUUUCGAAUCCAACAGCACUUACCAAUCCAACCUCAACAUUCUCCUCUCUUCUCUUUCCUCCAACGGCACCUCCAAUUCCGACAACGCCUAUCGUAACGCCACCAUCGGCUGGAGCCCUAAUUCCGUUUACGGCCAUUACUACUGUAGAGGCGACGUCACUCGUGAUGUCUGCCGUGAUUGCAUCAACACCGCCGUUCGUGACAUUGUCCAGUACUGCCCUAACAGCAAAAUCGGAAUUAUUUGGUACGAUGAGUGUACAUUGCGCUACUCCAACCAGUCCUUCUUCUCUAAUGUCUCGGAGUCCCCUGCCUUCUCUAUGUUUAAUGCACAAGACAUCUCUGAUUCGACUUGGUUUGAUCGGCUAUUGAACGAUACAAUGCACAAGGCCGCCAUUAAAGCUGCUUCCGAUUCUCAGAGAUUUGCCACUCAAGAAGCUAAUUUUAAACGAGAUCAGAAUUUGUAUUGUCUGGUGCAAUGCAGUCCUGAUUUGUCAGGGAACGACUGUGACAGAUGCCUUGUGGAUUCUAUUGCUGAUCUCCUCAUAUAUUGUAGCCGUAACGAAGGAGGAAGGAUGGUUUAUCCGAGCUGUAAUGUCAGGUUUGAGUUUUACCCUUUCUAUGGACUUACAGCUUCAGCACCGUCUCCUUCGCCUACUACUCUUGUUUCUCCGUCUCCUUCGCUUAAUCUUGUUUCUCCGUUGCCUCCGAGUAACAGAACUACCAUUCCUGAGAAACAAGGAAGCUCGUCUAGAAAAAUUGUUGCCAUUGUUGUGCCAGUUGCCGGUGGAGGAGUGAUUCUUUUAUCUAUUCUCUUGUAUUGUUUGCUAAUCCGGAAGAAAAAGAAGGACCCGUCAAAGGAGAAUGGUGGGAACAUACUUAUAAGUGCGGAGUCGCUGCAAUUUGAUUUCAGUACGAUCCUUGAAGCCACAGACAACUUUGCGGGCGCCAAUAAGAUUGGUGAGGGGGGAUUUGGUAGCGUUUACAAGGGUAAACUUCCUAACGGACAAGAAAUUGCUGUCAAGAGGCUCUCAAGAAACUCAGGGCAAGGUGCAGCAGAAUUCAUGAAUGAGGUUGUGUUAGUGGCAAAGCUUCAACACCGCAAUCUAGUUAGGCUAUUGGGAUUUUGCUUGGAGGGAGAAGAGAAAAUUCUUAUCUAUGAGUUUGUAACCAACAAAAGCCUGGAUUACUUCCUAUUUGAUCCUGAGAAAUGCAUGCAGUUAGAUUGGCAGAGACGCUACAAAAUCAUAGGAGGGAUUGCUCGAGGGCUUCUUUAUCUUCAUGAAGAUUCAUGCCUUCGUAUCAUUCAUAGGGAUCUUAAAGCAAGCAAUAUCUUAUUAAAUGAGGAUAUGAAUCCCAAGAUCUCAGACUUUGGGCUUGCAAGAAUUUUUGGCGAAAAUCAAGCUCAAGCAAAUACAAACAGAAUAGUUGGGACUUAUGGCUACAUGUCUCCGGAGUAUGCAAUGCAUGGGCAAUUCUCAGUCAAAUCAGAUGUAUUCAGCUUUGGUGUAUUAGUUUUGGAGAUUGUAAUUGGAAAGAAGAACAGUAGUUUCUAUCAAACAGAUGGUGCUGAGGACCUUAUAAGCUAUGCAUGGAGACAUUGGAAGGAAGGAACAGCCUUUGAGUUGAUUGAUCCAAUCCUGGGAGAAAAUUGUUCAAGAAGUGAAGUGAUGAGAUGCAUUCAUAUUGGGUUAUUGUGUGUUCAAGAAGUAGCUUACAGACCCACUAUGGCGGAGGUAGUCCUCAUGUUGACCAGUCACUCAGUUAGUCUUCCAUUACCCUCACAACCAGCACUUUUUGUGCGACGCAGCAUGGAUUCAAGCAUGCUUAUAGAAGGAAAAGAAAUGCAUGAAGCGGUAUCAGAUCAAUUUAAAGUCAUGUCAAUCACUGACGUAGAACCCCGAUAG